AUGUCUGCCAUUCUCCACUCGCGGCCGUUCCAAAAAGCGGUUCGUCUUUUCGAUCACUACUUCCUUCUGGAACAAGUCCCAGGCAACUCCUUGCCUGACCUCGAGUUCUCCACGGAUGUCAAGCAGACAGUGAAUAAGCUCAGACUGCGGCCUUGGGCGUGGUACGACGUGGUCAACUACACGUUUUUGUCGGCGAUUUUCUUGUUUGUGUACCUUAUAUUUCCAGCAUCGUUUCUCAUCAAAACGCCGAUUCUCUUGCUUCUUAUCACGGCCGUGCUGGUUCCGUUGACCCAGCAGUUCUUCGUGUACGCGUUACCUAUCUUGGCGUGGUUGGCGUUGUUCUUUAGUGCCUCGAAGAUCCCCUACGAAUGGAAGCCGGCUAUCUCGGUUAAGUUUCUUCCGGCCAUGGAGACCAUCCUUUAUGGAGACAACUUGUCGAACGUGUUGGCCGAGAUCAACCAUCCGAUCUUGGACGUGUUGGCGUGGUUGCCCUACGGCAUCAUCCACUUCGCUUCGCCGUUUUUCGUGGCGUUGUUUGUGUUCCUUUUCGCUCCUCCAACGUCCCUCAGGUCCUUUGGCUUUGCCUUUGGCUACAUGAACCUCUUUGGCGUGUUAUUCCAGCUCUCCUUCCCUGCGGCUCCUCCUUGGUACAAGAACUUGCACGGGUUGGAGCCUGCAAACUAUGCCAUGGACGGUUCUCCCGGUGGCUUGGGCAGAAUCGAUCAGUUGUUCCACUUGGACAUGUACACCACCACGUUUGAAAACUCUCCCCUCGUCUUUGGCGCUAUCCCCUCGUUGCACUCUGGUUCAGCCGUCAUGGACGUGUUGUUCCUCUCGUGGCUUUUCCCAAAGUACAAGUACGUUUGGUGGGGCUACGCCUCGGUGUUGUGGUGGUCCACCAUGUACCUCACGCACCACUACUUCAUUGAUUUGAUCAUGGGCGCCGUGAUGUCCGUGGCGAUGUUUGCCUACGUCAAGUACACCAGCUUGCCUGCUAUUGACUACACCAAGUUCUGCAGAUGGUCCUACACAUCGAUUGAGCUCUUCGACGUGAAGAAGAACGAUCCGCUUGCUCUGUACGUCGGGUUGCCUCACGAUGCAGAAGAGUCGCUUGGUUUCUACAACGAUGUCGAAUUGACCGCUCUCAGAGAAAGCUCCAACAGCCUGUCUCGCUCCCAGCUUGUGAUGGAAGACCAACAGGACGCAGACACAGACAAGAGCACCAAUCUGCUGAUUUUCGACGAGCAAGAGUCUGGCACCCACAUCAGCCAGGCCACAUCCAACACGUCGCUCAACGACCUAGCACCCCCUGUAACUUUGCCAAAGAAGAUGCUGCUGUUACGCUAA